UGAAGCCACUUCGUCGGCUAAAUGCGUUAAGCUGCUAACUCCAUUUUCAUCACUUUGGAGAUAUUUACCGAUUUGGCAACUAUGUCUCCUUUUCUAUCAUGCCAAAACUAAAUGUUUGUCAAGUUGGUACGAAAACUGAUUGAAAAGUCAUGAUGAGUAAUGCUGCCAACUGCUCCCCACACUUUAUUAAUCGAAAUACUGCUAUCUCCAGUCAAAACAAUGUUACAUGUUGUGCACGUGUGCUAUUCAGACGCUCUUCAGCUAUAGAAUAAACGUGGUUUCUGUUUGAAAUAUUAUAGUUCGAGACCAUUUUGGUGUUCCAGUAAUACUUUUUGAUGAAAAGUAACUGAUAUUCGGGGCCUAAAAUAUACACCAGCAGGGGACAUCUAUUACAAACUUCGGAUGUCUGAUGAAUGGGAAUUACUUCCGCAAAGAAAAUCUCAAGUUGACAUUAUUGCCUGGACAGAGUUGGACCAUCUGUAUAAAGAUAAUAUUCCAAUAUCUGCCCGAAAAUAUUCCGACCUCCAAGAAAUUAAGUGUACCAUUCCAGCAGACUAUCACCAUUUCUAUAAUAAUUUGCCACACCUGUGAAUUAUUAGAUGUUUCAUUUGUUAGAUGUUUUGAUCAUUUUGAAUACGCUAAAAUAAAAGUUCUAAUAAAAAUAAAAGUUGCUAACUCCAAAAUUUCUCCAUUUUUAUUCAAAUGAAC